CUACUGCUAUGGAGUGCCGCUUCAUUCGAAAGUGCCCCGGACCCCGGCGCUCCACAGCGGCCCGGGUGGAUAUACCCCACAGGAUGCCACCGGCGUGAGUCACCCCGCAGUUGAGCCCGAAACGGCAUCUCUUCGGACUUGCGGCGCUAGUUGAAUUCUUCCAAAUAAUAAGGAGGGUCCCUUUCUUGGGCCUUUUUCUGAAGCUGGCUAGAUACAAGCCGUCUCAUCCUAUCCUUAUGUCAAUCUACCUUACAGAGGAAUUUCAACCAUGGACGCCACUUGCGAACAUCCGGGCCUUAUCGACGACCCAAUUGACGCUCAGCCAACUUCAACGCCAACACCACCAACUCCCAGUGUAACGGCCUCUAACAUCAUUGCAACAACAUACCACUCCGUAAUCGAGUCCACGACACACGACAACCACCCAGCAGUCAUCAAAAGAUUCACCUUCCCCGACAACCCAAGAACCCACCACCGCUGGCGCAAAGAAGUCGAAGCUCUCAACCUCGCCAGAGAUCACCCAAACAUAUCCCAAAUCCUAACCUCAACCCCCUCCCCACCAACAAUAACCCUCCGCCACGAACCAGGCCUCAGCCUAGAAAAACACACCAGCCCACAAACCUCAAUCUGCACCCUCUCCCACUCCGACGCCCUCGCAAUCUGGUCCCAAAUCGCAUCAGCCCUAUCCCACCUGCACUCAACCUGUAACAUAAUCCACGACGACGUCAAACCAGAAAACAUAAUCUUCUUCUUCCCCUCUCUCCAUUCUACUUCCAGAGAAGAACACCCACAACCCCACGCAGUCCUCCUCGACUUCGGCGCCGCCAUCACCCUCCCUUUCCCCCUCCCCUCUUCACCAAUCUCUCCCUCUCCCUCCCUCAACAUCUGGUCCCCCUCCGGCACACCCCCCUACGCACCCCCCGAAUUCCUCCGCCGCACCAAAUCCCACGCCUCCGAUAUCUGGGGACUAGGCGUCACCCUCCUCUUCUGCUUCGGAUACAUCCCUCUACCCACGGGCUCCUGGAUCCUGCCCCACGUGUUUGAGAAUGAAGCCGUCAAGCAAGAGAUGGUGGCGUGGUUGGAUAGUAUCGAGGAGUUGAGGACGUCGUUGAGUGGUAGUGGGGAUGCUGAGAAGGUGUUGCUUGGGAGGAUGUUGGAGAGGGAUCCGGAGGUGAGGGUUGGGAGUAGUGAAAUUGUGAGGCUUCUUGGGUCGUGAUGGUAUGGGCAAGUAAGUCGUGAUGAAGGUCGAGAACAAAAUGAGAUCUAGAUGUACCACCCUUUACGAUACAUCGAUGAAUAUAUCGUCAUAAGCCACACAACCCGCUCGAGUCACCCCACGGCACGCACCACCUCCCAUCUCCCCAAACAUACCUCCCUCCGAUACAUCCAUCCAUCCACACAAAGCACACCGACCCAACCCUCCGGAACCCUCCAUCCCAGAAAUCCAAAUCCAUUCUUUUCUAUCCCCAAUUCUAAACCCCCUUCCUACAUAUCCGUACUCACACACCCCAACUCGAAAAAAAAAAAACAGGCCAAAUCCCAGAGUACCCUCACGAUCCACCCCAGCACAGCCCUGCAAACGUUCAAACCUCCCACGCACGCCAAGCCCCAGAUCUCGGAAAACUCUAAUAAACAAGGAGAAAAAUCACCCGCAUAUCAAGGCACUGAUACCAUACAGCCCCCCACCAAGGGCGUAGAUGCGAACCCCUCACCCAUGCUCACCGGAUCAGACUCCGAACUUCCCCCUCCUCCCAAAUUCGAUCAUCCCAUCCACGGCACGCUCGGAUGCCCAACCCUCCACCACCACCAACAGAAAAAGUCUAGAUCUGAUCUAACACAAACUCUCACUCGGUUUCGCUUCGCUUCCUUAUGUAGACAGACAUCCCAUGGAAAAUUAUUGAGACAAAAGAAAUAACGACUGCGCCUCCCGAGAACCCUACACCUUCACACCCAACAAAUCCAUAGGACCAACGAAACCCCUCAACAUCGGAACAUAUCACAAAACCAU